AUGGAUCCCUCAUGGGUUCUCUUCUCUUUCCAUUGUGCUCUAUCCUUACCAUCAAACCACUUCGAGCUCACCACUCCCGCACGCGUCGCGGACAGAACCACACACGACAUGGAUGACAGUCACGUAGUCGUUGCUCUCAUUGAGAACCGUGCGCGAGAGGUCGGACUCACAGCCUUGGACCUGAGAUCCGCAACUCUGCACUUGAAUCAGUAUAUUGAGAGCAGCAAGUCGUACCAGAACACGCUGACAUUGCUACAGUAUUUCAAACCGUCUGAGAUCAUCGUUCCAGCACGAAUGGCCGAUUUAGCAGAAGGCGUUGGCGGAGCCAUGGCUCUGGCUUCUCAUUCUGCCUUCGCUGCCGCUCGGAAGGUGACACUGGCACGUGGCUGUUUCGACGACGUCAAGGGUGCGUUACUUGUUCAAUCUUACACCAAUGGAAAGGCCAAUGGGACGAACGUUGAUAGGCACUACAAGGAGUAUUAUCUUUGCCUUGGUGCUGCAUCUGCACUUCUAAAGUGGGUUGAAAGCGAGAAGUCAGCGUCGGUAAUGCAGAAGUCCCUUCAGGUUACUUUCAACGGCUCCCUCAACCACUUGUCAAUAGAUGCUACCAGCAUACAGAAUCUGGAGGUAAUAGAACCACUGCCAGGAAAUUCAGAAAGGGAUGGCAAGAGAAAAGCUAGCCUCUUUGGUGUCCUCAAUUCAACAAAGACAGUGGGCGGAGCGCGUCUUCUUAAAGCAAAUCUUCUCCAACCCUUGAAGGACAAGGAAACUAUUAAAUUACGACUGGAUUGCUUGGUAAUACGCAUUGAGGAAAGCAUUCUUGAUGAGGAUGUCAUGCAUUCAAGGUCCCCGUUUAUUGCUCGAACACAGCAGUGUUUUGCAAUCAAGGCUGGCUUUGAUGGCUUCUUGGAUGUCGCCAGGCGCACAUUUUGUGCCACUAGUGAAGCUAUUCACUCCCUAGGGAAGUCCUAUCGUGAACAGUAUUCUCUUCCAAAUCUUCGACUUCCAUUCAACAACAGACGAGGAUUCUACAUCACAGUUCCAGAUAAAGAUGUGAAGGGGAAGAAGCUCCCUCCUGUCUUUCUCCAGGUCAGCAAGAAUGGAAAAAAUUAUCAGUGCACAACGCAAGAGCUGGUGUCGCUUAACAUUCGAAAUAAGGAAGCUUCAGCUGAGUGCUUCCUUCGGGAAGAGCGUUGCCUUGAAGGUUUGUGCCAACGAAUUAGGGAGGAGCUGACUGUGUUCUCUUCACUUCUGGAGAGCAUCUUUCUCCUUGAUAUGAUAACAAAUAGCUUUGCAUACAUUGUGACAACAAACGCAGUGGACAGCUAUGUCCGCCCUGAGUUCACAGAUUUUGGACCUUUGGCCAUUGAUGGUGGUCGACAUCCGAUUGCUGAGGACCUUCUUCAAGACGCCUUUGUGGUGAACAACACGUUUAUGUCAGAGGCUUCAAACGCAAUGAUUAUUACUGGUCCUAACAUGAGUGGAAAGAGCACCUACCUUCGCCAGGUGGCCUUGCUAACAAUCAUGGCUCACAUCGGCUGUUACGUUCCUGCACGGUUCGCAUCUUUUCGAGUGGUUGAUCGUAUAUUUACAAGAAUUGGCACUGGAGAAAGCAUUGAGGAGAAUUCAAGCACGGUACACGUGCAUAUCUUCAUUACCCUUUACCGAGUGCAUGGUCGUUCCCACUCAAAGUUCCUGUUUGUGUUGCAGUUCCUCACAGAAAUGCGUGAAACUGCAUUCUUGAUGGACCACCUUACUCCAAGGAGCCUUGUGGUUGUGGAUGAGUUGGGAUGUGCAACGUCAACACUUGAUGGUCUUGCGAUUGCAUGGAGCUGUUGCGAGCACCUUCUCACGUUUCCUUCGUACAUAAUAUUCGCAACUCACAUGAAACAGCUUGGUGAGCUGGCCUCCAUCUACCCCAAUUGCAAAGUGUGCUAUUUCUCAGUUGGAAUCAGCAACGAGAGACUUGCCUACAAGUACGUGCUGAAGGAGGGAUACACUGACGUGCCUCACUAUGGCUUGCGGCUUGCUGAAGCGAUGGGUUUUCCAGCAGCAGUCAUGUCUGAAGCUCAGCGAAUUGCUGACAACUUGGAAAAGCAGGGAUCGAGACGAUUGGAGAUAGGCUACAGCAAGUUUACAGCACUCCGCCGGGAUUAUGUUGUGGCGCAACGUCUUUUAUGCCUGCAGCAAUCCAAUCUCAGUGAAUCAGAGCUCAAAGUUUAUCUGCUGAAGCUCAAAGCAAGCUACCUGGAUGGUACUCUUGUGUGA